CCCACACACACUCUAGUUUGGGAAUGACCAACGUGCAGGGAACUCGCUCUUCCUUCACUUUGCGCAGCGAUGCAACACAUUCCAGCGCCACACCAGCUUCUACUUGGACCUUCCUUGUGAUGGGGAAACACUAAAACUUGUCUUAUAGCUGUAGGAGAGCUUCAGAGGGACGCGUUGAGCAGCGCUCAUGUGAGAUCCAUAAUAAGGAGACAUGUCUGCCAAUCAAGGACUUCUCAACAGCGUCUUCUCCUGCUCUUCUCCUGCCUCCAAAGCCAUAACCAAACGGAGACUACGCCAAACCCGGAGCUUGGACCCCGCUAUUAUAAGACACGACACCGAGACAGAGGGAGUGAGUGGCGCACCGUUUUAUGGAACGGCGGCGGACACAGGUGUGUCUCCGGAGCGCUUGGCUGUGAAACCGGCUUUACGCACCAAUAUUCAGAAACUGAAGGAGCCCAUAACCCCGUCCCUCUCCUCUCCUUCUAUACCUUUGGCUGUUUCUCCAUCCUCCAACUUCCACUUUGACUAUGAUAUAGAGAAACGUGCCAAAAGGAAUACCGCCGGGGAUUUACCGUUUCUGGUGAGGGGGCCCGGUGCAGCGCCGUCCGGGAGCACAGGUACUCUGUUCUCUCCGCGGAGGUGGCUUCAGAAGAAAGUGCAGCCGUCCAGCUCUCACGCUUACGUUGUGUGGAAAUCAGAGGGUGAUUACACAUGGAGCAGCCUGUCGGGGCGGAGCGUGCGUCUGACGCCCGUUGCCAUCCAGAAUCUGUCUGAGCUGGAGAGGGCCAAGCUGCAGGAAGUAGCCUACACCCGUUUACACCAGGACUAUGAUCUGGGAUGUCAGAUAACCAUGCCAAAAGAUGGACAGAAGAGGAAAAAGUCGCUGAGGAGGAAGUUGGACUCGCUUGCGAAAGAGAAGAGUAAAGACAAAGAAUGCAUACCCCAGGCCUUCAGUAUAGUUCUCUCCCAGGUCAUCGCUAAUGACAGAACACACAGGCAGCGUCAGGACAGCUAUCGUCAGGACCCUUCACAGCGUGAGGAGCACAAGGACUCCUCCGACCUUGUGUCGUCCAUUUUACAGUUUGCCACCAAGCGGCCGUCCACUAAGGAGUUAUCCAGCAGUAACUCCUCUUUGAGUUCCACAUCCGAGACAGCCAAUGAGUCAACGUCACCCAACACGCCUGAGGCUGCACCCCGAGCACGCAGGAGGGGAGGCAUGUCAGUGGACUCGAUCACGGACCUGGACGACAACCAGUCCCGCCUGCUCGAGGCCCUGCAGCUCUCUCUGCCGGCCGAAACGCCGAGUAAAAAGGAGAAGCACCGCGACAAAAGGCUGAGCCUCAAUCCCAUCUACCGCCAGGUGCCCCGGGUGGUCGAUAGCUGCUGCCAGCACAUCGAGAAAUACGGUUUGCAGACUGUGGGGAUCUUUAGAGUGGGAAGCUCCAAGAAGAGAGUCCGACAGCUACGUGACGAGUUUGAUCGCGGCAUUGACGUCCAGCUGGAUGAGGAGCAAAGCGUCCACGAUGUGGCUGCCCUGCUGAAGGAGUUCCUCAGGGACAUGCCGGACCCUCUCCUCACCAAGGAGCUCUACACAGCCUUCAUCAACACCACAUUGUUGGAUCCAGAUGAGCAACAUAAUGUUACUCAGCUGCUGGUCUACCUGCUCCCAGCAUGCAACAGUGAUACGCUCCACCGCCUCCUGGAGUUUCUGUCCACUGUGACUGACCACGCCCAUGACCGGCAGGACAAAGACAAACAAGAGAUCACAGGGAACAAGAUGACGUCGCUGAACCUGGCCACCAUCUUCGGCCCCAACCUGCUCCACAAGCAGAAGAGCUCAGACAAGGAGUUCAGCGUCCAGAGCUCAGCCAGGGCCGAGGAGAGCACGGCCGUCAUCGCCGUGCUGCAGAGGAUGAUUGCCAGCUACCAAACCCUGUUCAUGGUGCCUCCUGAUCUGCAAAAUGAGGUUUUGAUGAAUCUAUUGGAGACGGAUCCAGAUGUGGUGGACUACCUGCUGAGAAGAAAAGCAUCACAGAGUCCCGACCUGUUGCAGUCAGAGGAGCCCUUCGCCCUGAGCGAGCGCCAUUCUUCCAGCGACUCCAACAAGGUGUCCAGCGGCGAGGUGUCCCCUUAUGACAACAACUCCCCAAUCCUGAGUGAGCGCAGAGGAGAGCCAGGAAGCCCGGGCAGCGAGCCACUCUUCCGUGUCCCAGAACAGUACACUCUGGUGGGGCACGUGGCCGGCUGGAGCAGAGAGCCUGGGGCUGACACUUGGGGUGCCAAAGAUGCUAUAUCAGAGGAACACGCUAACAUUUGGGGGACGUGGCACACUACUCUGAAACCAACUCUUAAGGACCAAGCAUACACAGGUUCCCAUGGCAACAUGUCAGAGGGAAGCUCCCGCAGCUCACACGAAGGUCUCAACGAACAACAUGGCGAUGGCAGGCCGCAGGCAACGCUGCAACAGACUCAGACAGCGCCCGGCGUCGCCGAGUGCCUACCCCACCCCCCGGUCACCAGAGUGUGUACCCAGCUCAAGACCAACCCCUCUGUGACGUCACACCUCAAUAGCACGCAAGGCCUCAAUCGAGCAAGCGGACACGGACUUAACCCGACCUCGAGACCUCAAAGCGGGGUGAACGCUGGCGAAGGUGGCCCUGCUGUCCGUAACGACAGCCGCUUUCUUCCCCCUUAUAACGCCCACCAUCGACUGUCUAAUUCCCAAAGUUCGCCUCAGCCCUCAACAGCUCAGCGGCCCCCUCUGCAGCACGGGAGGCUGAGCGCAGCGCAAAGUAACUCCGGCUCGACGACGGAGAACCAAAUGGUGCCGCAGAGCCCGGAGUGGCAGGACUGGCAGCGGGACCGGUGGCAGAUCUGGCAGCUGCUGUCCUCAGACAAUGCCGACGCACUGCCCGAAACGCUGGUGUGAUCUCAGACCAUUAACUGCUUUGCUAGCCAGGCAAUGGCAUGAUCAAACCCCAUCCAAUGACAAUCAGUCCUUGUCUCUACCUUCAUUUCAUGUUUUCUCUCAGACUGCCUUUCAUCCAUUCAUGGAUGUCAUCCCUCUGCGCUUGUCCUGCAUCCUAGCGCCAUGGCGUUGUUUACGUGUGCAGCUGCUGCCUUACACAGACUUUUGCAUCCAAGAGCCACUAGUAUUUCUUGUUUAAAAUGGAUGUUAAAAAAAGUUGCUUUCCAUAUGUUUUGUCCAUAAUGACAUGAUUUGGGAGCAUAAAAAAUGCCCACCGGAAAUACCUCAAAAAAACCUAUCCUUUUGUAGUUUCUCAGAAUCCUACCACAACCAUAUAGAGUUCACUCUUCAUAUCUCAAUGGACAAUAGGAAAACAUGUGUUUAGUUUAUAAUUCAUAAAAAAAAUCUUUCCUCCAUACAAACACCAAGAUGUUCCCAUUAGUAAAUGCUGCUAAACGUUUAACUUUUGUGUGCGGACUGGUAUUGUAGUUCAGCCACACCUGUCUAAAAAUGUAUAUAUACAAACACACAUACACAAUAUAUAUAUGUAAAUUGACGUGUAAAGUAUAUCAUUUGCCAAUGUACUAAAAGCAAGUCAGCUUUUUAACAGGCAGUCUAAAUGUUGUUUAAUUAUAAAGCACUCGGUUGUAAGUUUGCUUAUAUAUGUGCUCUUGCCACCUGCUGCAAGGAAGGAACAUUGUGCCAAAGUCGCAAUUUUGUUUUUACUUCACAAUCUUUAACGUACUGUUCAUUUCAUCCAGUUAAUUUCAGAUAAAACGCUCAAGAGCUUGUGACAUUGGCACGUCUUUGUCAGGAAUUCCAUCAUACAGGCAUGAGAAAAGGAGGCUGAUUUUAAGAUAAUAUAAUGACAUCAGGAUCAUAUUUUGACUAUUCAUUAAAUGGCUGACUCAUGAUGCUCCAAAACUUACAGUAAAUGAAGAUAAACACAUUAUAAAUAUAAAAAGGUCAGUGUGCAUGCAAAUACACCAAUAUAGUAUAAAUAAGAGCCAGGGUUAUGGUUAGAUAUCAGGUAUACAAAAUAGUACUUUUAAAGUUACAAUCUCGAAGAUCUCCAUUUGCUCUCUUUGGCUUUACCUAUGGUGAUAAGCGGUAAUUGUAGAUGUGUUUUUGGAUAUCACACCCCCCCAAAAAGCAAAACUGUGUUGCCUGUGUGACGUCAGUCAGUUGGCAAUUGAAGAGCAAGUCUUUUGAGUAAACUCCGCCUACUCUCUCUGGCGCGCGCGCACACGCACAACAAUAAUACUGCAAAUGCAGGGGCUUUUGAUCAGUGGGCCAUAGGCUCAAUCCCCAUUGUGUUACCUCAUCUUGGUAAAAUAGGGUCCAGGUUGAAAAAUACAGUUUCCCUUUAAGAGACAUUUACUUAAAUGGAAAUCUUUGAGAUUAUGACUUUAAAGUUUAAAUAAUUCUUAGCCUUUCAAAAUCAUGUCUAGAAGCCCAGAGGUUUUAGAGAAAUAUAUAAGUGAACAUAUAAGUAUCACAUGUCUAAAAUGUAUCGAAAUUCAAUGUAUAACAUGUUUUUUGCAUUAGAGGUAUUCUAUGUCCAUUUGGUCUUUAAGAUGGAGAAUUAUGUGAAUGUAUUAUUUGACCUAAAUCUGGUUACAUCAAGGCAAAACAUGAACUACAGUCUGGAACUUCGUUUCCAAGUUCUAAUGCAUUUUUCAAGAUCAUAACCUGACUAAAAAUCUAUAAAAAUCCAACACAAUAAAGUAUGAUGAUAACAGUAUUGCAUUCACAUCAAUGAUUCUUGACUGAUCCAUGAUAUACCUCUCAGGCUAGACUGAAAAUGCCAACUGAGUGCUGAGUCCUUGCCCAUCUAAGAGGCUUAACGCAUUUCACGACCAACCUGUCCAAAUCCUCUCAAAUGUCAGUCAAGUGGGUAUUUGCUGGCAAAUAUUUCACCUUUCCAAGUUAUGAUGUGCUCAGUUAUAGUCAGCAUUAAACAUAGUGACGCAUUUUGUAAAAUUUAUGUCUACUUUGUCUUGAUUUGCUUGUACAGUAUGAGACUGAGAAGCCAUCGGACACGAGCCUCACAAGUGCAAGAAGUGGAAAGAUUGUGGUAAGGUGUAUGGCGCCAUCUAUUGUCUGAUCAUGUGUUUCAGCAUUUUGCCGCUUCCCACAGUGCACUGUUUCCAUGGGAUCCAUCUGUGCUCAAUUUAGAUUCAAUUAGCUUGUGAUUAUAAGCACCUUUUUGUGAAAAUUGUGUAAAUCCGUGUGUGGAAAUACAUGUGCCAUAGGUCUUGCUCUUAAAAAAAUGUUUCUUCAUGCAUUGGUCAAGGUUCUUAUUUUGUGAAUGUUUUGUAUUACUUUGUUUUCUGCCGAGUGUUGUACUAUAUAAAUACGAUAUAACAGUUUUUAUUCAAGGAGAAAAACAAAUUAAGUGGGAAUAUUCCUAAUGAUCCUAACUUUAUCUCCCCAAGCCAUGACCGUGUUAGUCUCGUUUGCUUUACUAUGAAACGACAGUAAGAGACUUAGUGUUAUGGCGUUUUUAUUGUGGAUAUUUUUGGUGGGGUUUACUGGGUCCAAGUUGUCAAUGUUAUGUCUGGUAAUUGCUUUUGUACUGCGUGCCAUCAUCAAUAUGCUACAAUGGAAUUAAACAUGAUAAAGUUUA